AAGGUCAGGAAACCCAGGGAAGUUUGCUGACUGACUGCUGCUCCAGAUGCGAAGCUCUCGUCGGGAAGAACGUUGAUGGCGUGUCUCUCAGACAACCCCUACAACUCCGCUCAGGUGGCUGAAAUUGGCCACUAUCCCCGAGAGGAGAAAACCACCUUGAGCAAGAAGAAAACUGUCAAGAGGUCAGAGAUCAAGUCCUUUGUGAGAGUUGAGAAUUACAAUCACCUCAGGCCCACGAGGUGCCCCGUGGAUAUCCCCUUGGACAAAACUGUUGUCAACAAGAAUAUCUUUAGAGACCCAGCUCUGAAAUGCAAGGCCAGGCGGGAGGCCAAGGUUAAGUUUGAAGAUCCACUCAAGACAGGCAGGAACAAGUGGUUCUUCUAGAAGCUUCAG